ACAAAUGAUGAAACCAACUGGGACAGUGAUAUGGCUUCUCUGCUGCUCCUCCUUCAUUUGUUGCCACCCACUGCUGGUCGGAAGAGGACAAAAAUUAGUCCAUGUGAUGCUGUGGACAAAAUGGUGCACUUUCAUAAGUCAAACUGCAGCAUUGAUGAACACCUGCGGAAACGAGAGGGAAAGCAGCCAUACAUCCUUGCUGUGGGCCGCACCCAAAACAACAUCCAUCAGUUCUACAUUGUCGUGGACAAGCACCUUAUCCCCUGCCAAGCCACCAGCUCCUUGGGUGCUUUUGAUGAAUUGUUUAAAUCUCACUACGUUUUCAACCUGUCCUAUGAUGAGUCCCUGGUCCAGCUCUACACAUUUGUGCAAACAGCAAUCUACAGCAUUGAUGCUACAACAACAAGUGGCUCUCCAAGGGUUUGUGAACUUCGGGCAAAGUUCUUCAACUAAGUUAGAAAAAUGUUCAAAUGUUUCAUCUGUCAAGCUGUACAUGCCGCUAGCCAGUUACUAAUAACUCACUUAAGACUUGACCAUAGUUUCUAUCCAAGCACCAGGUUUAAGUUGGUUUGUGCACAAGACCGCUGUAGGCGACAGUUUUCAACGUAUUCAGGUUUCAAAAAACAUUUGGUUGUUCAUGAAAAGGAAUUUUGUCAAAGUGUUGAUCCAGUAAAAUCAGCAUGUUUCACAGAUAACUGUUCAGGAGACAAUGCUGAAGAUGGAGAUACAAAUUCCAUGCAAAACCCAGAAACUAAUAGCUUUGAGAACAAGGGAUCUGGUCUUCAAAUCCAAAAUGUGAAACAUAUUUGUGCUUCAAUUAUUGGUAAACUGCAAGGAAGUGGUAUGGCAAAUAGUGUUGUUUCAUCAGUUGUUAAUGAUUUGGAAGAUCUUGCUACUGGUCUACAUGCUCAGGUAAAACAUGACAUUUUGGCUCAUUUCUCUAAGGAUGACCCUGUAAGAGCUACAUUAAACGAAAGCUUUGAAAAUUACGAAAACCCUGUAAUUAGCUUUAAUACCGAAACCAAAAGAAUGGCAUAUUUCAGAGAGAAAUGGGGCAUUGUGGAGCCAGUUGAAAUAAUGUUGGGAGUUCGAUUUGAUACAAGGAGAAAUAAAUUAACAGGCACCUAUGAUCAAGUUCCAGUUAAAGAAACAUUUAUUUACAUUCCAAUUUUGGAAACGAUUAAAUUUAUGUGUCGUAAUGCGGAAAUUUGUCAGUUGCUUAGAGAGCCACAUUUAUCAAAAACGAACACAUUUGAAGACUUUUGUGAUGGAAGCUAUUAUAAGACACAUCCCUUGUUCUCUAAAGAUCAAAGUUCUUUACAAAUUCAGUUGUACUAUGAUGACUUUGAAACUGCAAACCCUUUAGGUUCAAAACGCACUGUCCAUAAAGUAGGUGCUCUGUAUUUUGUCCUUAGAAAUCUGCCACCUAAGUUCAACUCUGCUCUUAUGAAUAUUCAUCUGGUAGCAUUGUUUCAUACUGAAGACAUGAAAAAAUAUGGAUUUGAUCCAAUUCUACAACCUCUUAUUAAUGACAUCAAAAUACUGGAGUGCUUUGGCCUUGAUUUACCAUUCUCCUCUGAAAAAGUUUAUGGCACUAUAUGUCAGAUAACCGGAGAUAACCUGGGGAUGCACACCAUUCUGGGUUUUACGGAGUCUUUUAGUGCACGACAUUUCUGCCGUUUGUGUUUGGUUGACAAAGAUGAUGCCCAGAAUGUUUAUGAUGAAGAUGACCCUAAGAUAAUCUUGCGUGGAAAGGAUCUUUUUGAAAUGCAUUGCAAUGAGUUGCAGUCAGAACCACAGAAGUUAUCAGUGUUUGGCUUAAAGCACAAUUCAACAUUAAAUAACCUACAGUUCUUUCAUGUUUGUCACAAUUUCUCUUUGGACAUAAUGCACGACAUUCUCGAAGGGGUGGCUCAGUAUGAGAUAAAGUUACUGAUGGAGUAUCUUUCUGAAAAUGUUUUGUCAAAAAAUGAUCUGCUUUCAAGAGUUUACGCUUUUGAUUACGGGUAUUUGGAGCGCAAAAAUCGUCCUACAAGGAUUAACCUGGACAGCAGUGGUAAUAGCAUAGGGCUCAAUUCCAUGCAGACUCUUUGCCUUGUAAGAAACCUUCCACUCAUUUUUGGUGAUCUUCUGCCUGAGGGAAACCCAAACUGGACUUUGCUGUUGCUUUUAUUACAGAUCAUUAACAUAAUAUUUUCUCCUUCUCUUACAUUAGGCAUGACUAUACAUUUGAAGCAUUUGAUAAUAGAACAUCAUGUUUUGUUUAAACAGUUGUAUCCAAAUAGGAACCUCAUCCCAAAACAUCACUUUAUGAUACACUAUCCUUCCUGCAUAAGAAAAAUUGGGCCUCUGAUACAUAUGUGGAGCAUGCGAUUUGAGGCUAAACAUAAGGUUUUCAAAAAUACUGUAAAAAACUUCAAAAAUGUUACAAAGUCACUUGCAAGAAAACAUCAAAUCUUCAUAGGAUACCACUGGGAGACGUCACCUUUAAACCACAUCGAAUAUGGACCCUUAAAAUCAUUUAAUUUGGACCGUGAGGACAAUACACAGAUGUUUGCAAGAGCACUGCAUGCUGCACCGAGAGACUUAUUUUCUUCUAGCUGGAUCAAAUUUUCUGGAACAGAGUACAGAAAAGGACUAAUCAUUUGCAUUAAUGUUGAAAAUGAAAUGCCUGUAUUUGGUAGAAUAACAACGAUCCUCUUAGCUGACAGUACUACGUUCUUCCUUGUGGACAAACUUCUGGUUGAUAACUUCAAUGAGCAUUUUCAUGCCUACAGAGUGUUUGAGACUGAUGAAAAGGAUGUUAUAAAAGCAGACAAUCUUAUCAUUUACAAACCCUUUGACCUGCAACAUGCACAUACUGGUGUUGACUGUUUAUAUGUUGUUCCUUUAUUUUAUUUGUAGUUGUAUUAAGGCAGCAAAUUGGUGGCCAGUUUGUAUUGGUGCUUGGAACACUUCCUUUGGAAUAAAAUGUUUAU